AUGUCCUAUCGCGAUAUCACGCCAUUACCCAUGGAUGAGAAAUUGUUCGAUGGUCAUGCAAUGGGAGUAUCAAGGCAAUAUACAUAUAUCAAUUGUAUCCUUAGUGUAUCGCUGUACACUGCCAAAUUCAACGUUAAGCCAAAAGAUAUGGCAAAACUGGUUGUUGAAUUUGUGGAAGAAUCAAAUGGAAAACCUCGGCCGGCCUUUCAAAUGGGAACCAUCGAGUACUUAGAUCGUGGCCUUAAAUAUGAUUUCACCAUCAUGAUACCGUAUCAUGAAUCUCCGGAGUUGGGAUACUACCGUGUUUUUGUUCCAGAGAGUGAAUCCAGCAUCAAGAUUGUGAUAUAG